AUGGAAAAGGGAUACGACAUGAAUGCUCCCCCAUAUUCACCAUUCUUUGGUGUGAUGGGUGUCACAUCUGCUAUCUCAUUUUGCGCUUUGGGCGCUGCUUAUGGGACGGCCAAAUCAGGCACUGGAAUCUCAGCCAUGGCUGUGAUGAAACCAGAACUCAUCAUGAAGUCGGUCAUUCCAGUCGUCAUGGCGGGUAUCAUUGCCAUUUAUGGUCUUGUGGUUGCUGUGGUCAUCACACAAGACAUCAAUGAGAACUACACACUCUACAAGAGCUUCCUUCAUCUAGGUGCUGGACUGAGUGUAGGGUUGAGUGGCAUGGCUGCAGGGUUUGCUAUUGGAAUUGUAGGAGAUGCUGGUGUCAGAGGCACAGCACAACAACCUCGGUUAUUCGUCGGCAUGAUCUUGAUCCUCAUUUUUGCGGAGGUGCUGGGUUUAUACGGUCUCAUUGUGGCACUCAUUUUGUCAGUGAAGUAG